AUGGCGGAACCAGCUAGUACAGAACUAUCAGAUGUCAGGAAAGAACGUUUUAAUUUGAAUUUAUUUUAUCUUAAGAGUGAAGAAUCAGUACACAAAUUUAUCAGGAAGUUACCGGGAACAAUAAAAUUCAUUGAUGCGAAAAGGUUGGAAAGAGAUGACAUCCAUACCUAUGCUGACCAUAAGAUCUCGUAUAAUGUGAUCUUUGAAUCGUCAAUGGAUAAUGCACUGGUGUUGUCGGAAGUCUUAAAACUAUGGGAGAUAAAUCUACGAUCGAUAGAAAGUAUGUCUUGGUUGCAACUUCUUCCAAGAAAAAGACUAUCUUGCAUGUCUCCCCAACAGUCACGAGAAAUUUUAGAAAAGGUUGAAAUUCUUGGUGGAAGCAUGAUCUCUCCGAUUAAUUUUGUAAGGCACUGGGAAACAGUUGCAUCCGUUGCAUCCGUUGAAUUUCAACAGGACAAGUCUUUGUUGGUCAUUGCAAACUCUGAAAUUAAGAUGGAAAUAAACAUGUGGUAUAACUUUCUCCACAACUUUAUUAUAGUUGAUUUACAAGAAAGUGAAACAAUUUUCUACAUCAAUGUGAAGUCUACACCAAAAUUAUUUCAAAAUACAGACUUUCAUUCGUACGAGGGAACAAAAAGAAUACCAGCCAGUGAAUAUGGAUAUGAAAAGUUUGGACACUUAGACUGUUUUUGCAUAAGGUUUAAGAAAAAUAGCACGAUUGUUUCUAGAAUCAGUUGUUUUUUGCAGUGUGUGGAUAUUUCCAUUGCUUAUGCUUGCAUGAAGGUUGACAAUUGCCAAGACGAGGUUACGGUAGAUUUUGAAGGGUUUGAAAUGGCAUAUGCAUGGAAAUCAAUGUGCUCACAGGGUUUUAAAGUUGUUGACCAUCUAACUCCUUCAGUCGUUGAGAAAAUAGUUCAAAUGGGAGUCAGUUCGCAUAUGUUGUGCAUAAUGGUAGAAAAUAUUGCAGAAAAACCAUUCAUUAAUUUCAUGGAUGAAUUUUCGAAAGCGACUGAAAUGACAAAACAGUUAAAGGAGGAGGAUGUUCCUCGGCAUUAUUUAAUGGUUAGGCGAGUUUUGUUGACACCUUCAAAGUGUGUAUUACUCCCAAAGGAGCCAAUACUUCAGAAUGGAAUUGUACGCCAGUACAAUGAAGAUUACUUCUUAAGGCUUGCAUAUCGCGAUGAGGAUUACAAAAGGCUUAAUGCUAUGCAGCCCUAUGGAUUAGAUUGCAUUUUUGCAGACUUGAAACGAUUCUUCAAUAAAGGUUUGACAAUUUAUGAUCGCCACUACGAAUUAUUAGGAUGUUCAAAUGGACAACUUCGAGAGCAUGGUUUUUGGUUCUAUAGCUCUCAUGAUGGGAUCACAGCAGCCUUUAUAAGAGAAAAACACGGUAACUUCUCUGAAGAGAGGAGUUUUGCAUCCUACGUUUCGCAUUUUGGACUCAGCUUCUCUGAAUAUAACCUCAAGUUAGAUGCUAAAAUAUGUACAGAGGAAGUGAUCUAUGAUAGAGAAUUUCAAAUGAGUGGGAUUUGUCUCAUAGAUUGCAUUGGAAAGAUCUCAACCAAAACAGCUACCGAGGUAAUUACUGAAUUUUAG